AUGUUGAUUGAUUCUAGGGUUUAUGUAGCGAGCUUCGAUCUCCAUGGAACUGACGAGAACAUUGUAAAGGUAACACGUCAAUUUAGUCUCAAAGACUCUCUUUCCAAUCCUUCAAAAGAAGUCGAUAUCAUCGAGGUCUUUCACUGCGACGGCUUCUUGCUAUGCAUCACCAAGGACAAUAUGCUGGUGGUUUGGAAUCCGUGCUCAGGUGAAACCAAGUGGAUGAUCAAACCCGAAGCUUCCUACAAGAAUUACUGUUUCUAUGCUCUCGGUAAAUCUUCAUGCAACAAGUACAAAAUCUUGAGGGUGGAUCAACAUGGCAUUGGUUUUUAUCACCAAAGCCUAGUUGAGUUCGAAAUAUAUGACUUCACCUCUAAUUCGUGGAGAAGUGUUGGUAACACUAGAGACUGGGCCAUUCAAGGGUUACAUCGUCGUGGCAUGUCUGUGAAUGGAAACACAUACUGGAUAGCUUUUAAUUUUAGUCAUCAAGCCACGCCAAUGAGGAGGAAAUUCUUACUAAGCUUUGAUUUUUCAACAGAAAGAUUCGCAAGUGUGCCUCUUCCGUUUGAUCCUUCUCAUGAACGUGUUAUGGCUUUGUCAGUGACUAGAGAAGAGCAGAAACUUUGUCUGUUAGCUUCUCGUGGCAAAGAAGGCUAUGAUGAAUUCGAUAUAGAUGUAUGGAUGGCAACUAAGAUUGAGAGUACCGGAGCCAUGUCAUGGAGCAAGUUUAUAACAGUGGAAGAAGCCGUAUACCGACAGUUGUUUUAUUUUUGUAAUGGGAUGAAUUUCUUGGCCGACACGGAGAAGAAAGUGUUAGUGUGUCCCGGUACACACGGGAACUCAAAAAAGUUCUUACACAUUGUGGGAGAUGACAAGUGCAUACAAGUGGAUGGUCAAGAAUAUGAAGGAUCGCUUCUCGUCAACUAUGUUCCAACUUUGGUUCAAAUCGAACAAGGUACUUUGGGGGUUGGCGCAAGGAAAGCACCAAUCACUUGA